AAUUGUUAAUUUAUUUUUAGAAAAAGAAAUAUACUAAUUAAUAAAUAUCAUCAAUAUUAAAGAGAAAAUGGCGAUCAAAUUAAUAUUAAAUGUGAUAAUUUUAAGUUUAAUUCUAAUUUUUAAUUAUGAAAUAAAUGCUCAAAAAGAAUCAAUAUCGUUAGAUAAACUAAUUGGCUUAGUAUUCGAUAAUAAAACUGGAGAUCAAAGUACUGAUACAUCAACAAUAAAAUCACCAUUAUCAAGUACAACUAAUUCACCACCAUUUAUUGAUCCAUACGUGCCAACAUAUGAACCUUGUGAAAAUAAUAAUUUAUGUGUACCAUUUUAUCAGUGUAAAGAAAAUGGUUCAUAUAAUUUUGAUGGUGAGAAUAUAAUUGAUAUACGUUUUGAUGAUACAAAACCAUGUAAGUCAUAUUUGGAAACAUGCUGUAAAACAGAUGUAAAAUCAAUUGAUCAAGAAGUACGUAAUCCCAAACCAAUUGAAAAAUUUGAGAAUUCAUGUGGUAAAAGAAAUAUUGAUGGUCUUGUAUUUAAAAUAACUGGUAAUAAAGAGAAUGAAGCUGAAUAUGCUGAGUUUCCAUGGCAAGUUGCUUUAUUAAAAGAGGAGAAAGUAGGUACAGAAAUUUUACAUGUGUAUUUAUGUGGUGCGUCAUUGAUACAUCCGCAAGUUGUAUUAACUGGUGCACAUUGUAUCGAUAAAUAUGAUAUAAAAGAUUUAGUUGCACGUGCUGGCGAAUGGGAUACACAAACUGAAGAUGAAAUUUUCAGAGAACAAGAUCGUAAAAUUAUAGAGAGCGUUUCACAUGAAAAAUUCUCUAAAGCUGGGCUACAUAAUGAUAUUGCAUUAUUAUUUACAGCUGAACCAUUUGAAUUACAAGGUCAUAUUAAUACAAUAUGUUUACCACCACCAAAUGCAAAAUUUGAUCAUGAUAAAUGUAUUGCUAGUGGUUGGGGUAAAGAUGAAUUUGGUGUUAAAGGUAAAUAUCAAGUAAUAUUGAAAAAAAUUGAAUUACCAUUUGUACCGCGUGAUCAAUGUCAGGAAAGAUUACGUGAAAGUCGUGUUGGUAAAUUAUUCCAAUUACAUGAAUCAUUUGUAUGUGCUGGUGGGGAAUUAGGUAAAGAUGCAUGUAAAGGUGAUGGUGGUGGUCCAUUAAUUUGUCCAAUACCUGGACAAAAAGGAAGAUAUUAUCAAGUUGGUAUUGUUGCAUGGGGUAUUGGUUGUGAUGGUAAAUAUCCAGGUGUAUAUGCAAGCACUUCAUAUUUAUAUGAAUGGAUUGAAAAUGUUUUAAAAAUGAGAAACUUUGAUUCAAUUCAUUAUACUGCUUUAUAAGAAAAUAUACUAAUAAAAUAUUUUGUAAGAAAUGAUAUUUUUAAAAA